AAAUGGUAAUACCACUUUACAUCAUUGUUCUGGUAAACACUAUCGAUUGGUUAGUUUCUGCAUGACAGAUUCAGUUGUGUGGGUGUUUACAGCAGAUUUAUAACAGUGAAGGAGAGCAUCGAGGGCAGACAAGAACACUCAGGCUCUGAGGGCUGUUAUUAAACAUUUUCACGCUGACACACAUUUGAAGAAUACCGCUGCCAAUUGCGAAACGCCAAAGCUGAAGACAAAAUGGACAGGACUAAAAAAUAUUUCUCUACGCUGAAUGAAAACGAUGAAGAUAUAGACCUUGAUGACUGGAUACCUCCGGAUGCUGAUCUGAUAGAAAAGAUGGUCUCUCAGAUUGAAUAUUAUCUCUCUGAUGAGAAUCUGGUUAAGGAUGCUUUCCUUUUAAAGCAUGUCAGGAGAAAUAAGAUGGGUUAUGUCAAUAUCAAGUUGCUGACCUCUUUUAAAAAGAUGAAGCAGUUCACAAAAGAUUGGCGGGUCACAGCAUAUGCCCUCCGGCAUUCGUUAAUACUAGAGGUGAACAAAGAGGGAAAUAAAGUGCGUAGAAUUGAGCCGGUGCCUGAGUCUGUCCUCUUUCAGGUACCGAGCAGACUGCUGCUGGUCUGGAACAUCACAGAAUCAAAUCUGACAGAGAACAUGGCACACGGCAAAUCAACACCUUGCAAGAGCACCAUGGAAACUGCUAUUGCAAUUCUGGAGCCGUUUGGUACCAUUACCAUGGCUCGGGUCAACAGGCCUGGCAGAGAGCUUCUGCCUGAGCUUCAGAAAUACAGCUACAGAUACCCAGAGCUGUUCACUAAGGAGAGCGUACUAGUGGAAUAUGAAGAUCUGGAAGGAGCUGGACGUGCUUACCACCAGCUGUCACAGUCUGAAGGUAGAAUGAGAGUACUCCUGGUAGGGAAAGCUUCCAAGAAGAAAGCCAUAGAUGUGGGUUUGGAGGACAGAAGUAAUGGAAAGGGGAUCUCCAUCCUGAACCAACGCAUGUUGCAGCUUCAGACUUGUGGUGAAGACUCAUCAGCAUAUAGCUCCUCAGAAUCUGAGUUCACCUCUUCAUCGCCUUUGAGCACCCCUCGUGUUUGCUCUGGCCAGGUGUAUAGCAGCCCCUUAAAUAGCCCACGUUCAAGCCCUAGAUGUAUCCGUGCACCCCUUCCAGGCCCUCGCAUUUCUCCACUGUUAGCCUCAGAAGUCUGGGGAAGUCCAGACACAAGUCCAGAGUUGCGAGAGAAACGAAAGUUGUGCGGCAACCAAAACAAACACUGUCAGACAAGUGAUAAAAAGCUACUAAAUGGAGACACGGCACCUCCUGGAGUCCUACGCCUGCCUUACGGUCCUGACGGGAGUAGAGGUUUUCAUGCAAUCUUAGUUAGAAGACGACUUCAUUAUUCAUUUAAAGUAUAAGUAACCAAUCACUGUA